AUGGUCCACUUCAUAGGAUUUAAAACCCAUCAAAGUGUACAACAUUUGAUUUUUUUAAUUUUAUUUAUGGUUUAUUGUGUGACCAUAUGCGGGAACCUCCUGAUCAUCACCUUAGUGUCCUAUGGCAAAACCCUCCAUUCUCCAAUGUACUUCUUCCUCUCUCAGCUGUCUCUAUCGGAUAUUUUAAUAGUUACUGAUAUUCUUCCCAACACGCUCCAUGCUGUUUUAGUUGAGGAGGCCAUGAUAUCAUUUUCUGGUUGCAUCAUUCAGUUCUAUUUCUUUGCAGUUUCAGAAGUUUUGCAGUGUUUUCUUCUGACGGCGAUGGCUUUUGACAGAUAUUUGGCCAUCUGUAAACCUUUGCAUUAUACUUUGAUAAUGAGCCACCAGGUAUGCUGGAUGAUAGUUACCACAUUUUGGAUUUUAAGCAUGUUAAUAGAACUGAUUUUUGCUUUAAGGAUAUCAAAAUUACAAUUUUGUGGUCCCAAUAUAGUUGAUCACUUUUUCUGUGACUUUCAUCCAAUUGUAGACCUCUCUUGCUUUGAUACCACCAGUGUUGAGCUUGAAGUGAACUUGGUGGGUGCUGUUGUAGUUGUCAUUCCUUUCACGGUUAUCAUUGUAUCCUAUAUUUAUAUCAUUGUCACCAUUUUUAACAUCCCAUCUAUAACUGGUAGACAAAAGGUUUUCUCAACCUGCAGUUCCCACUUGACUGUUGUUUCCAUCUAUUAUGGUACAAUGGUUUGUGUUUAUUUGGUACCUAGUAGAGGACAGUCAUUGAACGUCAGUAAAUUAUUGCCAUUGCUAUACACUGUGGUCACCCCACUGAUGAAUCCAAUAAUAUACAGCCUGAGGAAUAAGGACUUAAAAAAAGUUAUUGGAAAUCUUGUCAACUUUCUAAACUUGCAAUUCAGGAAAAAUAAAUGUUCAUAA